UUCCAGCGCCCUCCAGCAACAAGAAACCGAGUAAAACAACUUCGCGACCAUAAAGUCUCCCUGCCGAUUAUCGAAUCCCGAGCUUUUGUUCUGCAGGAGAAUGAUUGAAGAGCGACAGGGCAGCAGCAGGCCGCCGUACGGGGUGCUGCUCGCGGUGGCCAUCGGUGCCAUUCUUAUGGUCCCGGCUGUCAUUGGCGAUGGAGGAGAAGCUGUGACUGAGGCGAUCUCGGAGCUGCUUAGCCCCCUUGGGCUCCUCCUCGCACCCGUGAUCUUAGUGUUCACCAUUCGGUUUCUCUCUUCUGAUCGGGGUUCAUACUUGUCCAAUGUUUUCUCUGCUGGAGAAUGGGACAGCUCUCACAUGACUGGUGGGACACCGAUUGGCGGAGCGCUGUUUCUCGUUCUUACACUGGUCCUGCUGUACAGCAAGGUCUCGAUCUUUGGUGGCGAUUCAGGCGAAUGAAAAGGUCUACCCGCUUGGUUAAGAGACAACGAAUCUUUCUUUCGUACUGAUAUUUUGCUUUGUACAUAAGAUAACCCGUUAUCUUUCACCAAUCGAGGUUCCUGAGCCUCUUGAAAAUAAAGGACAGAGAGCCUAGACAGGACAUAAGGGGCACUGAAAAUGAUAGCAUAGUUUUGAUUGUGGUAUUCCAACUCAUUAUUAUAUAAAGGAUCUAUUCUUACCCAA